UAAAUGUGAGAACCGAAAUUCGUAUCCAUCCCCAUCUGUUUAAGUUUAACUAAAAAUCAUGAGCAGCGAUUCCGCACAGGCCGCUAAAGGUCAGGAAAAGGUUGUUGCCCAGUUUCAACAGCUGCGCAAUGAUCAAAGAAACCUAGCCAACAGUCUAAACACACUGGAAAUGGAUUUGCGUGAACACAAGACUGUGAUAGAAACGCUGAAAUCGGUCGAUCAGGAUCGCAAAUGCUUUCGUCUCAUUGGCGGCGUGCUCUGCGAGCGUACCGUAAAGGAAGUCUUACCUCAGCUGGUGGAGAACAAGGACUUCAUAGAGAAGAAAAUUCGUCUAGUCAACGACGAUUUAAGCAAAAAGGGUCAAGAGAUUAACAAAUUCAAGGAGGAGCACAACAUUAAGAUCCGCGGCGAACAUCUCAGCGCAGAGCCACAAAAAUCUGCCGAAGCCGACAGUGGCAGCAAGGCUGAAAAUCGAAAUGUGCUGGUGUCCAACUAACUGGCCAGACUGGCAGACACAAAUCAAGGCAAAUCAAGGAGUUCGAUCUACAAUUGAAGAAAUAGUGUGUCAGAAGCCUUGAUGUGUUUUGCUUUAAUCCAAAGCAAGGAAUGAACGAAACGUAUUUUACAUUUUCCGGCUGCAGCGACAGCUGCACCCAAAACAAUAAUGCAUUAUUGCAAUGAAAAAUUCUAAUGUUAUACUUUGUAAUUUUAGCUUUAAGGCGGAAUUCACACCCAAACAAAAACACACACGUAACAAACUCAUUGUCAUAACGAAAGUAACGUUUGCAAUUAAAACAAAAACACACAUUUAAAAAAA